UCAUGACGCAGGACGUCACGCGGUAGGCCCGUGUCACGUGACCGGUAUUGCGAGGAAGCCAGUCCGUCAGAAAGAGCCUGCUGAGAUGAAUCAAAUAAUUACCAGCACGGUGUUUGCGUUUGUAAGCCUUUUAUCAGGUGUUUUGGGCGACAGCUUGACUGUUCUGCGCAGCCCGUCAUAUGUGACAUUCCAGGAUGGACAAUGGCCCAUCUCAGGAGAAAAGGUCCCUGAUUUGGUCUCCCUGACCAUGGGCUUCUCCGUCCGUGAGGAUCUCGAUUGGCCAGGUCUGGCUGCCGGCUCGCUCUUCCAACGCCCGCGUGCAAACGCUCUGAUUGUCGUGCGCGGCGUUGACACCCUUGACUUUCCGAAAAACAUUUCCUCCUACCCUCUCGAAAAUCCGGUUCCGUUCACUCUGGACAGUGUGGCAAACACGGUGCACACUCUGUUCGCUGACAGCACCCCUGUGGUCCUGCAGCUCGCCCCCAGUGAGGAGAGGCUGUAUAUGAUGGGGAUGGCCAACACUGUUUUUGAGGACCUGCCCGUGACCCUGCAACAGAUCCGUGGACGCCUGUCCCAGGACGGAUCUGUCCUCACGUCGCUUCCUCUCAUCUCUCUCAGCCGUAAUAAUGAGGCUGAUCUUCUGUUCCUGUCUGAGGUUCAGGUGCUGUAUGACAUUUCAGCUCUGUUGCAGAAACACAAGCAUCUGGCUAAAGACCCGGCUCCUGACCUGUACUCUCUAGAGCUCGCGGGGCUGGAGGAGAUCGUCCGGCGUUAUGGACCAGACUCUCCUCAGUUCGCCGACGCUAUCAGGAUCCUGACGUCCGCUCUGCAGAAGUUCGCAGACGAUGUCGCCAAUGUCUACUCCAACAACGCAGUUGUAGAAGUGGUGACUGUGAAGACAUUUGAAGCCCCUCUGACCAGGAAAUCCCGCUCCAUCCUUCAGAUCAGUAACCAGGGCAGCCUCUACAACCUGGCCUACAAGUACGACUACGAUUACGCCGUGGUCUUUAACAUUGUCCUAUGGCUGAUGAUCGUGUUAGCUUUAGCCGUCAUCGUGAUCUCGUACAACCUCUGGAACAUGGAUCCUGGGUAUGACAGCAUCAUCUACAGGAUGACCAAUCAGAAGAUCCGACUGGACUGAUGACGUCACCCCCACACCCCACUACAUUUUGUGUUUUGUAUUUGAGUGAAUUUGAAUGUGUUUUAUUUUUGAUGUGGGUAUCACAGAAUUGCUUGUGUAAAUGCUUCGCCUUUAUGACGCAAUCAAACACAGAUAUACAGAUUAUUUAUUGAUGCCUGUCGAUAGAUGGACCAAGAAUAUUUGUUUGAUCUUUAUUAAUUGCUGUAUCUUGUAGAUUUGCAUAAUGUGAAUCUAUUAAAGAGGAAAAUCUGAUGUUGGGAUGUAAAGAAUUGAAAUUGAAAUCUAUUUAUUGUUUGUUGUUUACGCCACUGUGCUGUUUUCCUUCCCGAAUGCUGGAUAUGGUGUAAUUUCUCCAUUCCCAUGUACAUUUGAUCAAUUAAAUAAAUGUAAUUUUCAUUGAAUAUAACUAUAUAGUAGAAAAUAAGACUUUUACGUGUGUCUGUUUGUUGUGUACAAGGCCUUAACCAUUUAUUGAGCAUUUGGAACAUUUUUAAUAAAGUAGAUAAAAAAAAAAAACAGUGAAGGAAAUAGAUCUAAUAAAUCUAAUUCUAGCAAGGAAGUGAUCAUUUUGAACUAAUUACAUAUAACAUUUUAAAAUAUGCACACCUUUACUAAGUUACUAAGUUGUAUGAAAUUUGGCGAAAGCACAAAUCGUUUCUUGUCUCCUCAUGUUCAGUUUGAAUUUCCAUGAAUCAUGUUAAUGAUACAGAAACGGUCGUAUUUGAGAGUCACGGUCGUGUAACUGCUGUAACAUUUAUAUCACAAACAUUUGUCAAAUAUUAAAUGUUUCGCUACUUCCAUCUUAUCGUGCUCUCUUUAACC